AUGGAACUUGCACGUAGUGGUGGUACUAAAUUGAAACAAAAGUAUGGAGUAGAAAUAAAGAAAUUUAAAUCAUCUUUAACUUCAUCAUUGAGUAAUGAUAUAAUGUCUUCACGUAGUAUGACUAAAUUGUGUCGUUCUGAUGCUUCUUCGAAUUCAUCAUCAGAUUCAAAUUCAUCAACAGAUUCAAAUUCGUCAUCAUCAAAUUCAAAUUCAUCAUCAUCAAAUUCAAAUUUAUCAUCAUCAAAUUCAUCAUCAUCAAAUUUACCAUCAUCAAGUUCAUCAUCAUCAAGUUCAUCAUUAUCAAAUUUACCAUCAUCAAAUUUACCAUCAUCAAGUUCAUCAUCAUCAAAUUUAUCAUCAAAUUCAAAUUCUUUCAAUUCCGAGAAGAUCAAGCAUCUUUUAAUCUACGAAAAAUCGAAGUAUCAGAUAAUGGAAAAUGAAUCACCAUCUGCUGCUGAAUGGUGGCGAGCAUUUGGUUAUCCUGCACAGUGUAUGACCACUCAGGUUUAUAACAAUUUAAGUGGUACAAAACGUUUUAAACAACAUGCAGAUAAAUGCUUUCCUUUAUCCAAUACGACAAUAACAACAUCAUCAUCAUCAUCAUCAAUUAGUUUUACUUCGUCUUCAACUCCAUCAACACAAACAAGAUUAAACCAAAUGGGUUUUACAAAACAGGUAAAAUUUACAGAAAAUGAUAUUACAAAAAUGAAAGAUUUAUCUGUAAAAUGGGUGUGUGGUGAUAUCAGGCCUUUUAGUAUAUUAGAUGAUAUUGGUUUUAGAAAUUUAGCUCAAGAAUGUGUUCGUCUGGGUACUGUGCAUGGAAUGUUUGAUAUUAAUGAAGUACUUCGUGGUGAAAAAUCCAUAUCACGGCACGUUUCAUCAUUUGCUGAUACUUCACGUGAACAAAUCAAAGAAAUUUUAUCAAUUCCUUUGAAAGAACAUUCAUUAACAAUUUGUCCGGAUUACUGGACCGAUUCAUACAAAAAGAUUUCAUAUUUAGGCGUAACUGUAAUUAUUGUUGACAAUGAUUGUCAUUAUAAAACAAUUGAUUUAUUUUGUAAACCGUUUGAAUACGAAAAAAAGACCGCUGAAAACACUUUGAACAACAAAACAAAAAAGAAAAAAGCUGCUGCUACUGCUGUUGUAUAUGAUGAUACACCUGUACUUGAUGCUGAAACAACAGCUAAUUAUAAUAGUAAUGAAAACUAUGAGUCUUCUGCUGAUGAGAGUGAAUCAUCAACUGAUGAUGAAUAUAAUAAUAUAGUUUCUUUACCAGUUGUUCGAAAAAAAAAAUCUAUUUCAAGAAAAAUCGUUAUGACAGGCAUCAAUAAUGAUAUCAAAGAACAAGGUGGUGUUACAUUACAUCAAUCAUGUAUUGUUCGUUGGUUAUCUAUGUCAAAUCUUCUAGAAAGUCUUUUACAAUCAUUUAAAUCUACAAAAAGAUUACUAGUAGCUCGAAAAAAACAAUCAUUAAUAAAUGAUUUAGAUGAAACAACCAUCAAACAGUUGAUAUUACUUUUAAAACCAUUUAAACAUACAAUGACAUUAAUUCAAACAGGAAAUGCUCCAUCCUUACAUAUGGUGUUAUUGUGUACUUUGAUAUUAAAAGAUGCUUUAUCUUCAUAUAAAUCAUUAAUUAAUUACAAAAAAAAUUAUUGUAAUUCGACAAAAAACAACAUUAAUGAUAAUGAAUUAGAAGAAGAUGAAGAAGCUGAUGAAUUAGAAGGUAUUACAUGGUUUCGUGAACGUUUGUUAAAAUUAAUCGAUGAGCUAUUUGUUCUUGAUGUUCGUCAUUAUUGUGCAACAAUGUUGCAUCCUAAAUACCGAUUAUUAAAAAAUUGUACAGAAGAAGAACGUUCACAAUGUCAUAAAUAUGUUCGUGAACAAUUAAAGAUAAUACGUGAUUCAGAUUCAACUAUUGAUGCAUAUAAACAAACAGCUGUUCCACCACCAAAAAAAUUCAAAACGGCUGAUACACUUUUUGCUCGAUUCGAAGAUGAUUGUCCAUUUGAUACUCCUGAUGAAAAAGUUCAAUUAAUUGAUUAUUCAAGUGAUGAAUAUGAAUUUAAUAUAAAACAAUCCGAUGAAUUGGAUAGAUAUUUAAUUAUGCAAAUCGAUAAAUCAACACUUACAAAUAAUCCAUUAGAUUUUUGGAAAACUCAAUCAGAAAAAUUUCCAUUGUUAUCAAAAUUGGCCAAACAAAUUCACUCAAUACCGGCAACAUCAACAGGUGUUGAACGUCAAUUCUCGUCUGCUGGUUUAAUCAUCAAUCAACGAAGAACAAAUUUAAACCCCGAACAAGUAGACAACAUUCUUCUUAUUCGUUCAUUACAAAAGCUGUAAUGAAUAGGUACUAGUCAGCUCUCUUAUUUAUUAUUGUAAUCUAGUGUUUUUUUUGUUAUACAUAUACUUUUCUUGUGCAGUGGUUUCUUUUUUUUUUGUGAUAAUUUUCAUUGUUUUUUUUGUUGCUCAUGUAUACAGUGUUUUUUUAUGAUACAACUGCUUUGAUUGAAGUCUUAUUUUGAAAUGGUGUAAAUAAAACAUGAUUACUGAAUAUGAAAACGACUGCAUGGUUUUUGUCAGAUCAUCAGUCCUUGCAAUAGGUAAACGCAGUUAUAAGCCCUGCAGGUGGCCCUGCCCUGCCCUCAGG